UUUUUAUUUUCAGGUGCGAAAAUGGUCGGGCAGUAGUCAAUGCGCCGGACAUUGACCUGUUCGCCGCUUUCCAGUGCUCUGACAAUGGUCAUCUCUACCGCUCGGCUUCUCUUCGUUAACGACUGACUCUCAGGUGCUUAUCCUCUUCCCUGACACAGAUGGAGCCGAAAGGAACCGCUGAAGAUUAGGAGGAUAUCGAGAGAAGCAACAACAAUCAGUGAUCUAGUAGAAGAAAGCCAGACUAAGCUGGAAGGGAGAAAGACUAUGGAAUCCAUUAUUGGGCUUCUCAGGGUUCGAGUCAUCAAAGGGGUCAACCUCGUCUUCCGAGACACCCGCGGCAGUGACCCCUACAUCGUCUUACGCUUGGGUGGCCAGAAAUUGAAGACCAAUGCGAUUAAGAACAAUGUCAACCCAGAAUGGAAUGAAGACUUAACCCUUUCAAUUUCAGAGCCGCUUGAGCCAAUUAAACUCCAAGUAUACGACAAGGACACAUUCAGCAGCGACGACAAAAUGGGAGAUGCAGAGUUUGACAUCCAAUCCUUUCUUCAGGCUGUGAGAAUGAAUUUGGCUGGCAUCCCAAACGGCACCAUAAUCACAACUGUGCAACCCAGCAGGGAGAACUGCCUUGCCGUUGAAAGCCCAAUCCUUAAGAAAGAUGGAAAAGUAAUCCAAGAAUUGGUUCUCAGGUUGCAAAAUGUAGAGUCUGGUGAGGUUGAACUGCAGCUGAGCUGGGUUAGCAUGCCAGGUGCUCCAGGUUUCUGAAACAAACUUUAUUGUAAUCAAGCCAUAUUUAGUUUUUGCUUAAAUAAUCAUUGAGCACGUGUUUCUGGACAAAUUUUAUGAGAUGUUGCUUAUAUAAAACUUAUAUCAUGGGUCCUUAUUAAAUCAGUGAAUCAUUACAGUAGCAGGAUGUGUGUUCACUAUGUUUUGUCUC